AUGCCUCCGAUCCGAACCUCCCGCAACCGCAAACCACCUCCGGCGGGGUUCGAUGACAUCGAGGAUACACUGCUUGAGUUCAGUAACAAGAUGAAAGACGCAGAGAAUGCGCCGCAUGAUGGCAAGAAAAAACAUGAGAUGCUGUGGCCAAUUUUUCAAAUAACCCAUCAACGCUCAAGAUAUAUCUACGAUUUAUAUUACGAAAAGGAAGCUAUAUCAAAGCAAUUAUAUGACUGGCUUCUUAAGAACAACUAUGCGGAUGCUAACUUAAUUGCUAAAUGGAAGAAGCAAGGUUACGAAAAGGUAUUGUCCCCCAGUUUCUCUCAUCUUCUAGGCUUUGUUGUCUCCGUUGCAUUCAAACUAAGGAAACGAAUUUUAAUGCAACAUGUAUUUGCCGCGUUCCAAAGGCCCAACUGA